UCUCGUGUACAUUUUCUUCAGAUGUACGUUGUACAUGGUUUGGGUCACAUGUGCGCGUGUUAUUAUCGUGCCUAGUGUUGUGAUUCUUGAUCUUUUUUCCUCUGCAUGGAAGUUGUAAGUUGGAGAUCGUGACUGUGGACGAUCCAGGAUAGCCUGAUGCAUGUACCAGUGGGAUUUGUCCUCGCAUUGGUGCUGCGGAAGUGUACGUAAUCGGGUUGUGGAUGCGAGGCGCUGUGCUGGCGUCACCUUGCCGCGGAGUAGGCCAACGCACUGACUGUGGCCCAACCGUAUGACGACGCGAUCUGACCGCGGGGGUGAACCUACACAUAAGGCUUAGCCAGGCACGCUGGGUGAGCAUUCAUUACCGAGAUAACGAAUGGUGUGUGGAAAGAGAUACUGUGUUAAGAGCUGGAUUGCCGUACAGCAAGGCCCUCAUCAACCACCACUCAACCGAGCAGGGCCGGUGCGUUCAUGCCAGCCCCUUGCUGCUGCAUGAUUCUACCUACCUUGAAUGCCGCGAGAUCGGAGUGGAUUUAACUUGCUUUGAGGGGUCCAGCGUAUGGAAUGGUCAUUGAGAGACUCCGUGGGCUAUGACCGUGUGCUCCAAUCCUAUGUCGCAUGUUCAAGUCCAAGCGCACGGUACUUAUCCGGCGACUCUGGAGGAGCCGUGGUGGUGGUGCUUGCCCCACCGGCGAACAAGGCCCCGAUAGUCAGGGAUUCGACCGCGACUCGGAGAUCGACUCCGAGUUCAAAUCAGCCGCCCACAGCCUCCUGAAACGACUCAAGGACCGGCAACUUGAGCUGUUGCUCGAUGCCGUGGAAAGCCGUGGAACCACUACCACCGCCUGUGUCCCCCUACCCAAGGGGGAGAUACGGCUGGGGAGGGGACGGACCACGCUGCCGCACGUGUUGUGCUGUCAGCUCUACCGCUGGCCUGAUCUCAAACAUGCUGCCGAACUCAAGAGACUUCAUUUCUGCUGUCAAUCCGACCGGGAUUUGGAAGACCUUAGCUCAGGAAAUGUAUGCUGCAACCCUUAUCAUCUCAGCCGUUUGUGUCAGCCAGAAUCGCCGCCACCUCCAUACAGUAGAUUUCCGGUCGAGAGGUCCAAAACGGAAGCCGCCAGCCUCAGCCAGAGUCGUUUCACCCAGGCCUCCAUCUCUACGACUGGCUCCACUGUGGAUUUUGGCGAAAGCACCGAAACAGGAAAUACACCAAGUCAGCGGCAUCAACCCUACGCAGAUGCAGAUGCUCAGGACAGUAGAGGGCAGCCUCACUGGUGUCAUAUAGCAUAUUGGGAGCACCGGUCACGAGUGGGACGCAUGUACACAGUAUUCUUGGACUCUGUAAAUAUCUUCUAUGAACUACCUCACGGAGACGGGUUCUGCCUCCGGUCGUUACACCGCGAGGAGCGCUCGGAAUCCGUCAUCAGAACUCGAAGGAAGGUCGGCUGCGGGCUGACCUUGAGCCGGGAAGUGGAUGGCGUGUGGAUGUAUAACCGUAGCAACUUUGCCUUAUUUGUCAACUCCCCUACGCUGGAUGCCCUGCCCCCUUCUCGGACGUUGACCGUGCAUAAGCUCCUGCCGGGCUUCUCCAUCAAGAUCUUCGACUUUGCCAAGUCGCAGAUGCUGGAGCACGCCAGGCGAGAGCCCGAACCCCCAGAUGGACCAGUGGAUCCGCACUCCAUCCGCAUCAGCUUCAUCAAAGGAUGGGGACCCCGUUACUCUCGGCAGUUCAUCACCUCUUGCCCCUGCUGGCUUGAGGUUAUCCUGACCAGACCACGUUGACACUGUCCCAAUCUGCAGACAUUUUAUGUACACUUCUAGAUCUAAUAUAAUAUUUUAUAUAUUAUAUAUAUAUUAUAUAUUAUAAUACUGUAAAUAUGGACUCAUUUUUACAAUGUAAUUUAUGGUGCGGUUGUACUCUCCUCUUUGUUAUUAACAAACACAGAUCGAAAAAAAAACAAAUCCCCCUCCAUGGAAAUCCAUGUUAGUUAAGAUAUACCCCCAUUUCUGUACACUUACGGACAGAUUUUCUUUUAUACACCAGAAAUGAUUCACAUUGCAUUUACAGAGAUGAGGCAGAUGGUUGUUACCAAUAAAAACAAUUUAAUAUGCACUCUUGA